ACAUCGAACGCUUCACACAUCAAACGGAAACAGUAGCCACACAGAGCAGCAGCAGAAUCAUGGACGAUAAGCCCUCCACAGCUCCACCGGAAUACGACCAAACUUUUAGCCGUGCACUUCCCCCGCAGGUGGUUGUCCAGCAGCCGGCUCCUGUCAUAAUGCAGGCGCCCAAUGUGCUGGGCGAUAGGCCGUCCAUGGCCACAUGCCCGAGCUGUGGUGCCCGCAGGAAUACGGCCGUCACUUUUGAGCCCAACACCAAGACGCAUCUGCUGGCGGUCGGCAUUUGCCUGUUGGGGGGCAUCUGCUGCUUCUGCAUUCCGUACUGCAACGACUCCUGCCAGACGGCCAAGCACACUUGCACCAGGUGCGGUGCCUACGUGGGCUCCUACAAUAACUAGCAGGGCCGCGAGAGGAUAUUCUUACACACAUGCAUAUGUACAUAUGUACGUAUGUGUUUUUGUAUACAAAUAUAUAUAUGUUUGCACCUAAUUAUGAAUAAAACAAUCACAUUCCAAUUGCAA